AUGUCCUACAACCACUACGUUGCCAUCUGCAAACCCCUGCACUACGGGACCCUCCUGGGCAGCAGAGCUUGUGCCCACAUGGCAGCAGCUGCCUGGGGCAGUGGGUUUCUCACUGCUCUGCUGCACACGGCCAAUACAUUUUCCCUACCCCUCUGCCACGGCAAUGCUGUGGACCAGUUCUUCUGUGAAAUCCCCCAGAUCCUCAAGCUCUCCUGCUCAGAUGCCUACCUCAGGGAAGUUGGGCUAAUUGUGGUUAGUGCCUGUUUAGCUUUUGGGUGUUUUGUUUUCAUUGUGGUGUCCUAUGUGCAGAUCUUCAGGGCCGUGCUGAGGAUCCCCUCUGAGCAGGGACGGCACAAAGCCUUUUCCACAUGCCUCCCUCACCUGGCCGUGGUCUCCCUGUUUAUCAGCACUGGCAUAUUUGCCUACCUGAAGACCCCCUCCAUCUCCUCCCCAUCCCUGGAUCUGGUAAUGGCAGUUCUGUACUCAGUGGUGCCUCCAAUGGUGGAGCUUUCCUUGGAGGUAGGAAACAACAGGAGAGAGAAACACUGCCACACAGUGCAGCGUGGAAGAAGGAGACUGGACAUGAGGGGGAAGAACUGUCACUCCAAGGGUAGUGCUGUGGUACAAGAGGUCAUCCAGAAGGAGUAUGAGAUCAGUCCAUCUGUGUUUCAAGGAACAGAGCGUGAGGGUGGACAGAUGUCCGUGAAUGUAUGGACCUGCCAGGGUGAGAGCAAGGUGAGGAAGUGA